GAGGGGCCGAAAGCGACCUUCCUUUUCGCGCCAAAACGUGAAGAAAAGGAGCUUGCGGCGGCGGCGGGACAGAGAGGCUCACCUGUUUUCACCUGAUAUUUGCGGCUCCUGUCCUCGAAAUGGCACAGAAGGUCCUCGACUACGACAGUGAGAAAGAGGCAAUCAAGAGGUUCUUGGCAGAGUUCCAUGAGGUUGGCGAUGACGGCCGCAAGAAAUUCAAGUAUGCCAUGCAGCUGGUGGAGCUGGCUCACCGCGACCAGAUCAGCCUCACUAUUGAUCUCGAUGAUCUUGCUGAGUUUGACCCUGAAAUAGCCGAAGCAGUGGUGGGGAACACCCGUCGCUAUGUGCUUCUCUUCUCAGAGGCUGUGCAGGAAAUGCUGCCAGACUACAAGCAGAGAGAGUCUGUGGCGCGUGAUGCCCUUGACGUGUACAUCGAGCACCGCCUCAUGAUGACACAGCGCCUCCGCCAGCCGGGGGAGGUUCACAACACACAGAACAACUACCCACCAGAACUCAUGAGGAGAUUCGAGGUGUACUUCAGGGCACCGUCAACACAGAAGCCACAGCCAAUCCGCACAGUGAAGGCUUCCCACAUUGGCAAACUGGUCCAGGUGCGGGGCAUUGUGACGCGCUGCACGGAGGUGAAGCCCAUGUUGCAGGUAGCCACCUACACCUGCGACCAGUGUGGUGCUGAGACCUACCAGCCGAUCCACUCCUCCAGCUUCAUGCCGCAGCUCAUGUGUCCCGGUGCAGACUGCAAUGUGAAUAAGUCUGGGGGACGUCUCUUCCUGCAGACCAGAGGCUCAAAGUUCAUAAAAUUCCAGGAACUCAAAGUACAGGAACAUUCAGACCAGGUCCCAGUUGGAAACAUCCCACGCUCGUUGACGGUGCUCUGUCGAGGUGAGCAGACCAGACGCUGCCAGCCGGGUGACCACAUAGCCAUCACAGGCAUCUUCCUGCCCAUGCUGCGCCACGGCUUCAAGGCAAUCCUCCAGGGACUCCUCUCUGAUACAUACCUUGAUGCUCAUAGAAUAAUCAAAAUGAACAAAACUGAGGAUGAUGAACUUGGAGCAGAGGACCUGACCGAAGAAGAGAUCAAACAGAUUGCAGAGCAAGACUUCUAUGACAAACUGGCGACCUCCAUUGCCCCGGAAAUCUUUGGCCACGAGGAUGUGAAGAAGGCACUCCUGCUGCUGCUUGUAGGUGGUGUGGACUGCAACCCUAAUGGAAUGAAAAUUCGAGGCAGCAUCAACAUCUGCCUCAUGGGUGACCCAGGUGUGGCCAAGUCCCAGCUGCUCUCCUACAUCGACCGUCUUGCCCCCCGUAGUCAGUAUACCACCGGCCGAGGCUCUAGUGGUGUGGGCCUGACUGCUGCUGUCAUGAAGGACCCACUCACUGGUGAGAUGACCCUAGAGGGCGGGGCACUCGUCCUUGCUGACCAGGGGAUCUGCUGCAUUGAUGAGUUUGACAAGAUGGCUGAGGCUGACAGGACUGCUAUUCAUGAAGUGAUGGAGCAGCAGACUAUCUCCAUUGCAAAGGCGGGGAUCAUGACAAGUCUCAAUGCCCGUGUGAGCAUCCUUGCUGCUGCCAACCCUGCCUAUGGCCGAUACAACCCAAAAAAGACCGUGGAGCAGAACAUCCAGCUGCCUGCCGCCCUGUUGUCUCGGUUUGACUUACUCUGGCUCAUUCAGGACAGGCCAGACAGAGAACAUGAUCUAAGACUGGCCCAGCACAUCACCUAUGUCCACCAGCACUGUGCUCAGCCUCCCACACAGUUCACGCCUCUUAAUAUGAAGCUGAUGAGGCGCUACGUUGCUCUCUGCAAGAAGAAGAAUCCAUACAUCCCAGAAAGCCUAACAGACUACAUUGUGUCAGCUUAUGUGGAAAUGCGGAAGGAGGCACGCAACAACAAGGACACCACCUUCACCUCUGCCCGUACAUUGCUUGGGGUGCUGCGCCUUGCCACCGCCCUUGCUCGCCUCAGGCUGGUGGAUGUGGUUGAGAAAGAGGAUGUAAAUGAAGCAAUGCGACUCAUGGAGAUGAGCAAAGAUUCUCUUACACACAACAAUGAGAAGACUGGAAGGGCCCAAACGGUGACAGACAAGAUCUUCACACUCAUCCGUGAGAUUGCCGGGGAAAGUUGCGUGAUCAAACUGGGCGAGGUCUUGGAGCAGUGCACCAGCAAGGGAUACAAGCCAGACCAGGUUAAUGAGUGCAUCGAGGAGUAUGAGGAGCUGAAUGUUUGGCAGGUGAACCAGGCUCGUACCAAGCUGAUGUUUGUGUGAAGGACGCGUGACUGGAGGCUGCCUGGCGGUUAGGGAAUCUUUUCUAUUCUAUUUUUGUAGUACCUUUCUUGUGGCACUUUGUCUUCUUUGAAAGGUCACAGAGUACAGUACUAGAAUGUAGAAGAAAUGUUGUUACAAAAAGAUAUACUAUUUCUAUAAUUAUUUACAUGAGAACUCGGAUGCUGUGUGACUGAAAAAGAGUAGAUAGAUAUAGACUUUAUUUUUGUCACAGUAGCAUUGCAUUGUACGCCUAGGUGUUAGUUUUAAUGUCAACUUUCAUGUAAGUAAUUUUUGUAUUAAAUUUUGUUUUAUUAA